UGCCGUCUACUCACUGUUCCUUUCUUUUACCUUCUCAGGCAUAAAACUACCGAGUUUCUUCGACGGCCGAGAGUUGGCUGGGAUUAUUUGACUGCACCGAGAGGCGUGCUUUGCAGUGCUGCAUCGACGAAGCAAAGGCCAGAGUAUCUGCGAAAGCGUAAGGAGGCGGCGAUGAAGGAAUCGGUGCUCCUCGCCGCUCUUCUUCUUCUGGGCAUCGUUGCGGCCAGCGAGGCCAUCGAGUGCGUCGACCCGCAGCCCCUCAAGGGUGACUGGGUGCCCAACGCCGAGAACAAGAAGCAGUGCGUGAUCCUGGUCAAGGAGAAGUGCACGGGCAUGCGCGACGUUCCCACGGACAAGUGGCGUCGCGGCAAGCAGGUGCGGACCAACUGCGACAGCAUCCCGCGAUGGACAGCCAUUGGCUCCUUCAUCAAUAGCGACAAGUUCAAUGGGCAUGGCGCCAUCUUCGAAUCCUGUGACACGGACGGCAUCUGGGUGUACGACCAGUGGGACGCAGCUCCGGUGGACCGACGCAAAGUUCCCUACGGAGACUCUCGGCCUUACUACAACGGCGACAACUAUUACAUGAUCGAGUUGUAAUAAACUACCUCUUUCGAAUACACAUCUUCGAGCAGUG